GCAAUUUGCCAAAAGCUUCACUCCACAUCAUGAAGUCGGUUCUCUCGCUCGCUGCGCUCUGCCUCCUCGUGCCGUCGGCCUCGGGCUUUGGCAAGUUCGUUGCGCUCCUCCCCAACGGCGACAAGGUCGCCGGUAAUGCGGCCAUCGGCCACGUCGACCCGAGUGGCGGCGGCGCGCGCAACGCUUUUGGCAAGGACUUUGCGGCCAACGGCGCCGCGUGGAACUCGGCGCUCUGCAAGCUCGACUCGGACGGCGAUGGCGCGACCAACGGCGAAGAGCUCGGCGACCCGUGCUGCACGUGGACGGCCGGCGCCGCGCUCACGUCGACGGCGACGCCGACGUCGCCGGGCACGAAGGAUACGUUCACGACGGCGCAGCUUGCGGCGCUCAAGUGCGCGUCGACGCCCAGUGGCAACUCGACGGCCAAGCCCGGCAACGCGACGAUCGUGACGACGAAGCCGUCGUCGUCGUCGGUCACGACGGCCCCGUCGACGACCAAGCCCGCGGCCAGCAGCGCGGCAAUCGCAUCCGUGUCGUUCACGCUCGCUGUCGCGGCGGCGUGGACCGGGGCCCAGUAAGUAGGGACUUGAGCACGUUGUAAACUGUACAAUUGUAUUAUUCGU